AUGGUGAUUGUUGAGCUUGCAGGUCUAGUCAUUUCAUCAACUAAAGUCGUUUGUUCUACAUUCAUCAAUGGAUUCAAGCAUGCAGCAGCAGCCAACGCACCAAAUGGAAAUGCUUUCCAAAAAUUUGCUGGCGCUGUAUUCGGUAUUCAAUUCCAAACAAGAAUGAUGCCAGACGAAGCCAGACAAAUUCUCGGCUUUGAGCAGAAAGAUAAAUUAGAUAUUAAAUCGAUCAAAGAACAUCUUGAUAGGAUGAUUAAGCUUAAUGAUCUAGAAAAAGGUGGCUCACCAUAUCUUAAUGAGCGCUUUAUUGCAGCUUCACAUGUUCUUGCUAAGUAA